CUCGUCAUUUUGGUACAACUGCUUCUACCGAUUUCCCCUGUUUCUCCGGAGGAGAUCCUCUGGCACUGGCAAUGGCCCCCAGUCUGGCUGCCGUCGCCGCUCCUCCGCCGCCGCAUCAGGCCAAGGGAGACUAUUUCAAGGAGAUGGAAGAGGCGUUCAGGAGGAGAUAUGAAGAGAUGGAGAGGGAACUGAAGAACAGCCUGAAGAGGGAGGCGAAGAUGAGGGAGGAGCUGCUGAGAACGUCAGAGAGACUCAGAUCCGUGGAAGAGGCGGAGGAGAGGCUCUGCUUCCAGCUGGGAGAGCUCGAAGCUGAGGCCCUCGACCAAGCUCGCGCCUACCAAGCCCAGAUCAUGUCUCUCAUGGACCAGCUCUCCCACGCUCAGAAGCUCCUUCAGGCUACAAACAAAAACAAAGCUCGGGCCUAAUGCCAAUUACGAAAAGAAAGAGGCGUGUUUGCAUAUAAUCUGCCCUGUGUUUUCUUUCUUUCUUUCUUUUUCUUUUUUUUUUUUUUAACUGAACUCUUCAUUUCUAUGAAAACAAAACCAGAAAUCAGAUUUCCUUCUGUAUUAA